AUGGCUACUCCACGCAUCGCAUUUGAGGGUUGUGGCCAUGGCAGCCUCCAUGAGAUCUAUGACCGUGUUCAGCAGAAAGCCCAGGCCAUGGGCUGGGAGACCGUUGAUCUGCUGAUCAUUGGCGGAGAUUUUCAGUCGCUGCGUAACUCCAACGACGCGACUUGCCUGUCUGUGCCGGCCAAGUACAAACAGAUUGGCGAUUUUCAUAAAUACUACAGUGGGGAGCGUGUUGCUCCGUUUUUGACCAUCUUCAUCGGCGGCAAUCAUGAGGCAGGUAACUAUUUGCUAGAGCUCUACUACGGUGGCUGGGUGGCCCCCAAUAUCUACUUUCUCGGUGCGGCUAAUACCAUUCGCUUUGGGCCCCUGCGUAUCUCUGGCAUGUCUGGUAUCUGGAAAGGAUAUGACUACCGCAAACCUCACUUUGAGCGUCUUCCCAUGAACGGCUCCGAUGUCCAGUCUAUCUACCAUGUGCGCGAACUCGACGUCCGAAAACUCCUUCAGAUACGCACUCAAACCGACAUUGGGUUGUCCCACGAUUGGCCACGUGCCAUUGAAAAGCAUGGUGACUUCCGUCGUCUUUUCAACCGGAAGAGGGGAUUCGAAGAAGAUUCCAUGAGUGGUAAAUUGGGCAACCAAGCUGCCCGUGAAGUACUUGACUACCUUCGCCCGGCUUUCUGGUUCUCAGCACAUCUCCAUGUUCGCUUCACUGCAGAGGUGCAGCACUCAAAAGUCACUCUAGGCCCUGCUCCAGCCAGUACAUCGAAACCUGCUGUCCCUGAAACACAUGUUUCUAAACCCGAUGAACCCGCCCUUGGAAUUCCUGUUGGUGCUGUUGGUGCUGUUAGCACUGCUGAUGCCCCCGCCGCUGGUGUUCCUACUUCUGGUGUCCUUGCGGUUAGCGAUGGGGUUGGCUCAUCUGACAGCCCCCGCGGCUUGUUUGAAAAUGGGGAGAUUAGAAAGGCUACCGGUACAGAGGCCGAGCGUCUUGCGGCAUGGAGAAAUUUCCACAAUGUGGCCCAGAGGGACGAAGCAAGCGAUGCCAAGAGGUUCAUGCAGCGUUUCAAGGAUCAGCAACAGUCGGGCUAUGUGCACCCUAUGACAAUAACUGAGACCUCGGUCAUCAAUGGAGUAAAGCAGACGAUCGUGCGCGGUUCCGAUGGACAGCAGACCGACAUCCCUGAUGAGGGUCAAAGCAAAGUAGAGAACACGGACAAAGUUGAUUUGGGGAGCAGCCCUGAAAGCGCCUCUGGCAUUCAGUCCCGCCCCGAGCCAUUGACCCCAGUGAAGGCGAAGACAAUCGUCACAGACCAGGGCCCCAAUGUCGAUAACGAUGACAGGAUUAGCUUGGGUAGCAGCCCAGCCAGUACCACCAACGCCAUGCUUAUCUCUGACCAAACCCAGUCCUCCGAAAAAGUGAUACCCAAAUAUGGCCUUGAUGCGCCAGCGGAUAACAAUGAUUCUGGCUCUGAUGAUGACCUGCUUGGGGCAUUGGGCACCCAGCUUCCAGGUAGCUUGGAUGCUCCACCCCCUCCAGCCCCUAAGCCAAAGAAAGAACUGGCCGCAGACAUCAAGAAUCUCACAACCAAAUUUCUCGCUCUGGACAAGCCAAUGCCCCGGGAUGAGUUUGUUGAACUGAUUGAAAUGGAACCGAUUUCCCAUCAAACUGGGAAUUACAUCCAGCGUCCCUUCCGUUUGCAAUACGAUCCCGAGUGGCUUGCGAUCAGUCGUGUCUUCGCAAACGAACUUGAAAUUGGCAAUCCAUCUGCACGCGUUCCUGACCACAAGGGGGAUGACCACUACAAGCACCGCAUUGAGGAGGAGCGUGCCUGGAUUGAAGAGAAUGUUGUCCAAGCUGGUCGUUUGGAUGUCCCCCACAACUUUGUACAAACUGCUCCCCCCUAUGAUCCCAUGGUAUCCAUUACCACUGAGGAUCAACCUCCUGAGUACACCAACCCUCAGACCAUGUACUUCUGUGACUUGAUUGGUAUCGAAAACAAGUUCGAUGUCUCGGAAGACGAGCGUCAGGCUCGUGUUCUUGCUGGCCCCCGUCCCGAUAACUACCGUGGUGGUGGACGGCACAAUAAUCACCGUGGGAGUCGCGGUGGCUAUGGUCGAGGUCAACACCGUGGAAACCGAGGUCGUGGUGGGCGGGGUGGCCGUGGCAGCCGUGGUGGAUGGUAG